CUCCUCCUCGAUCCUUCGCGCAGCCAUGAAGGUCGCCACCGCCGCAGCGCCCGCCGCGUCGCCCGGCCCGAGCUGCGCCCUGAAGGGCGUGCGCCUGGGCUCCGGGGGCGCGGGCGAGCCGGUGUCGCGGUGCCUGUCGGAGCAGAGCGUCUCCUUGUCCCGGGCCGGCAGCCCGCCGCCCCCUCGGGGGUUGCCCCUGUGCCCGGAGCAAGCCGCCGCCGCCGCCUCGCUGCUCAUGGACAUGAAGGGCUGCUACUCGCGCCUGGCGGGGCUGGUGCCCACCCUGCCCCGCCACCGACGGGUCUCCAAGGUGGAAAUCCUCCAGCACGUAAUCGAUUACAUCUGGGACCUUCAGCUCGAGCUGCAGCACCCGCUGGGCGCCGGGCCGACCCCGCAGAGGGCCACGGACGAGCCGGCCGGAGCCGUGCCCGAGGCUGCUUGUGUGAAUCCUGACGACCGGAUCCUGUGCCGCUGAGGGCCAGUCCUUAGCCUGCUGAACGGUCCUUGGAAGAAAUAGGCUUUCCUGUUGCUCCUCCAAUGGCAGGGGAAGGAAUUCCAGGAUGGAGAUGUGUGUGGCAGCCUCUCUCUCCUCUCCCAACCGGACUUAGGCAGAGAGACUGCAAAGGACAUUUUUGCUGGAGGUGAAGGAGAGUUGGAAUCAACAGCCUCUGCCCCACUUUUCCCAUGUCGAAAGGGUGCCACGUGUGUUUCUCUUCGUGAGAAAGAGGAACCACCGCCGGUGAACUCGAACUGAACUCAAAAGCAGCACCCUCUGUGGAAGGGGUUUAGCGCUUAAGACAGGCAGUGCUUGUUCUUUGUUUUAAAAAAAAGAGAAAGCAGCGUGUUGUAACUCUCUCCAAAAUACUUCUCAGAUUUCUGAGAAAUCAUUCUUGUAUUGUAUAUUACAAUGAUAAUGUUUCCCCGCUGAGAAUAUUGUUCUACAAUAGUUUGAGGUUUUUGUUAUUAAAACAAAUGCAUAUUGCGACAAAUGGUC